GGGUGUUUGGGUCUUGCAGCCAUGCCAGCAUUCAACGAAUACGGCUUGGUCAACCUCAUUCCCAUCUUCGCUCCCCCUUGCUCAACCCGAUGAGUUACCUCUGCUGCAGCAUCUUCUCGCUUGCAGGGACAACGUUCUUGCUGUGUAUGGGUGCCCUGCUGCGUCUCCAGCCGGAAUUCAUUCGCGAUGUCCACACACCAAAGUCGUCAGCAAAUUCGUGCUUUGUAUCAGCGGGGCUGUAUGCCGGCGUGUUUGUCGGUUCGAUGAUCCUCUGGCGCCGCGAGCAACAUGUCAAGGGCAGCAGCAGCGUCGGCGAAAUCAAAGACGACGCGCCAUUUGAGUUGUACGCCACGCCGUUGAUGCGCGACAACGUGGACGAGGCAGAGCCACAGCGCCGGGUGCCCAGUUCAUCCGUUCACGGCUGAGCGUCCCGACUGCACGACCGUUUGUGUGUGUGGCCGGAAAUAUCUCGUCCCAUGGACGUGAAUGUCGAGUGGCAUCGAUGUAGGUUAGUUUAGGUCAUUCGACACGUGGCAUGACACCGAAUGACCAUGAAUGAAGUUACGUUUGGAUUUGUUA